UCAUAUUAGCGUCUUCACAUUGCCUAUUGAAGAUAUAAGAGAAGAAGAAUCCAGGACUGUCUAAGGCCUGGCCUGGUGUAUUUAACUAUGCAUCUGUGUUAUUAGGUUUCGAUCUUCUCAUAUUUACUACUUUUACUGUGACGUUUCGUUUCAAGAUUACUAAGUCUGAGAACUCUGAAACGGGGAAUAAUGGUUGCUCGAGUAGAAAGGCUUGAUCAAUAGCAUUGUCAAGAUAUUACAUAGAACUUUUAUGUUCACCAAGAACUUAUGAUCAAAAUAAACACACAUGAAAUGGCAAGGCCAGAGGUCUACGCUUAACUCAUAAAAUACGCAAUUCCCCGCUGGUUGAUAGACAUGUGACGAGAGAACAUGUGGUUUCAUGAUUAGUCAAAAAGAAAAUAACAGAGGAGAGGGCAUUGAAUUGAGUUUCCACAGCAUUAGGAUUAGGAGUUCCAAUUUUGUGUUUUUCCUUUUCAAUGCCUUAUCACUUAUGUAAGUAACUUUGUUGAAGCCCGUGAUAACAUGAGGCCCAAAUCCAAUCAAUUAAAUUGAAGCCCCAAGAGACCCUUAACAAUAAAAGGAAAGGAAGUAAAACAAUGACAUAUAUGUAUGCAGAGCAUCGUAGGGAAGCGUUAGCUUUCUCUCAAGGAUCAGGAUCAGGAUCAGGAUCAAUCUCGUAUUGUUUUUCUCUAAUUCGCAGUUGUUUUGUGCGGCACAUCUAAGCCCAUAUGAUCUGAUCCUUACAAUAUCUUAACUCAAAAUUGGUCGAGUGCCAUUCCCAUGUCUCGAUGGGUUGGUGUCUCUUGUAGCACACGCCAUGGAAGGGUCACUGCCUUAAAUCUUCCAAAGAUGGGACUCCAACGAAGCAUCUCUCCACACCUUGGAAGUCUCUUGUUCCAAAUCUAUCUAAACAUCUCAAUCAAUAAUUUCCAUGGCCCUCUAACAACUUGUUUGUGCAUUGCGCUUGAAUCUUUAUCGUUUGCAAACAACUUGUUUGUUGCAACCAUACCAAGAAGUAUUUGGCCUAUCUGGCAUGGGAGUUGGAGGUCCAAUUCCAUUUUUCAUCUUCAACAUGUCCUCUCUUACAACAAUCUAUCUAGAAGGCAAUGACUUAUUUGGGAGUCUUCCCAAGGAUACAUGUCAACAUCUUCCUCUACUUAAUCUUGGUCAAAAUAAGCUCAUAGGAGGGAUACCCAAAAGUGUCGGAAAUGGUACUCUACUUAAGGGGUCGUAUCUUGCCCCAAAUUACUUGAAAGGUAACCACAUACACAACAUUUAUCAAAUAAUUCUGUCAUUUUCUUUAUAAAAUUACUAGUAUAUGUCAUGCCAGCAUUUUAUAUACACUAGUCAGGAGCCCCUGCAACGUACGGGAUGACCUUACAAAUAAAUUUGUAAAUUAUGCCGGGUAUAAUUAUUUGAAAAGUAAUCACAUAAUUUUUCAUGCAACUUUAAUUAGUACAUGCCAUGCAUGCAUUUUUAUACGUGUCAGUAAAAUAAAAUUGUUGUUUCUGGUAAAGUUGAUAGAAUCAUGGCUCUACUUGUGAAACGUUAUCAAGUUUUUACGUUUGUUAGUUAGACCAUGAAAGAUUUAAUCAUAUAUAAUUUUUCAAGAAUCUUCUGCUAAAAGCUUGUGGUGUAAUGGAGUACUCUUCCAAACCUUGAGAGCAUUCAACUACGGGACAAUCAACCUAGCGGACCAAUCCCAAGCUCUAUCACCAAUGCUUCUAAAGUUAGAAUACUAGAAUUGUUAAAUAACUCCUUCAAUGACUUGACUUAUCUCACAAAUUGCCUGAAUUCAAGACAUCUUGACUUAUCAGGCAAUCCAUUGAAUGAUAUUCUUCCAAGUUAUAUUGGCGAUUUCUCUACAGCACUUGAAGAUGUUGUUCUAGAACAUUGCGAACUUGAAGGAGGCAUUCCCAUCAAAUUGGUAACUUGAGCAACUUAAUACUUCUAAGCCUUGCAAAUACUGAAUUUAUUGGUUUGUUCCAACUGCAAUCAGUGGAUUACAAAAGCUUCAGCUGUUGUAUCUUUAUAGUAAUAAAUUACAAGGACAGAUUUCAUCAUAGCUUUGUCAAUUACAUAGGUUUGAUACUUUGUCAUUUAGUCACAAUUGGCUAAAUGGAUCAAUACCUACAUGUAUUGGCAGUCUCUCUAGUAUGAGAUAUCUCGACUUCAACUCUAAUAGCUAGGCUUAGUUCUGUUAUUCCAGUUUCCAACAACCUUGUGGAGCCUUACUUAUAUCUUGGAGAUCUACCUAAAUUUAAACUCUUUUAUUGUCUCCCUUUCUUCAGAAAUUAGAAGUUUGAAGGUCCUUACCAGAAUUGGUUUGUCAGGGACUCAACUAUCUGGUAAUAUGCCCAGUAGCAUUGGAGGACUACAAGAUCUCCGUUAUCUCUCACUUGUAGAAAAUGAUUUAAUUUGGGGCAGUCCGAUUCCAGAAUCACUUGGGAGCAUGACUAGCUUGGUUACUUUGAAUCUCUCUAGCAAUAACCUCUCUGGAGUGAUUCCAAAGUCGGUGGAGGAACUUUCAUGUCUCAGCUCUUUCAAUGUCUCUUUCAGUAAGUUAUAAGGAGAAAUUACAAUGGGAGGACCUUUUGUGAAUUUCUCAGCUCAAUCAUUUAUGUCGAAUGAUAAAGACGCCAAAAUAGAACGACCCAAGCCAGCUUCCAUGCUUCUUUUCAACUACAUUUUGCCUGCUAUUGCAUCUGUGUUAUUGGUUGUCUCCCUUGUCAUUAUUCUUCUUAGAUUCUGCAAAAGUAAGCGAAAGUUUCCAACACAAAACAAUCUAAUACCUCUUGCAACAUGGAGAAGAAUUUCCUAUAUGGAACAAGCAACAAAUGGAUUUAUUGAGGUCAACUUGCAACAACAUUGAUUUAAAAGCCUUGAUAUUGGAGCUCAUGCCUAAUCGAAGCCAACAAAAAUGGUUAUAUUCUCACAACUACUUUUUGGAUGUAGUCCCGAGGCUAAACAUAAUGGUAGAUGUUGCUUCGGCAUUGGAAUAUCUUCAUCAGUGUUAUUCAACACCAAUUGUUCAUUGUGAUCUAAAACCCAGCAACAUCCUACUGGAUGAAGAUAUGGUGGCACAUGUUGGUGACUUUGGCAUUGCCAAACUGUUGGGUGAAGGAGAAGAUAUGAGUCUAACAAUGACUUUGGCAACCAUUGAAUAUAUGGCUCCAGAGUAUGGAUUUAUAAGAGGGAAUUGUUUCUACAAGAUGCGAUGUCUAUGCUUUUGGUAUCCUACUAAUGGAGACCUUUACGAGAAAGAAGCCGAUCGACGAAAUGUUCGUUGGGGAAAUGAAUUUGGAAGGUUGGGAAGAGUUAUUGGCACAUGCAUUAACUAA